AUGACGGAUGCCAAGUAUGUCCUCUGCAGAUGGAAAAAGCGAUUAUGGCCCGCAAAGGUCCUGGCCGGAACUGAAAAGUCAGCUAAAAAUAAGAGGAAAAAGGGAUUUUUUCUAAACGUUCAGAUACUCUCCCUAGACAAAAAGAUUAAGGUGAAGAGCGCGGAAGCCAAGGUCCUGAGAAAGGUGCACAUCGAAGACAUCGCCUCUUCGUUAGCCUCACAGGACGGGGCUCCCGCUGCGCCCCUGGAGGAGCUGGCCUACCGGCGGUCACUCCGCGUGGCUCUGGAUGUCUUGAACGAAAGACAGGGGAGCUAUUCCAGGGAAGGAACGACUCCUCGGCCUCCGAGAGUGAAGUCCGUGGAACCAGCCCCCUGGCCCCCCAAGCCUAGCCUUUCCCCAUCAUUCCUCGAAGACACGGUGGGCAGUCCGGGGCCCACAAGGAGGGAACGUGUGUCCCAGAGGCCAUCCGGCCUGCCAGCUGGUGAGGAGCAUCUGGAGUGCAGAGUGAACCCCAAGGAGGUGCUCAGGAGAAGCGGAGGCCUGGAUGCCCCGGCUGUGUGUUCAGCCAGCGGUGGCGCUCAGGACAGGGGGGCAUCCAGAAAACAGCGGGCAGAUUGGAUGACGCCCCCCAGUAAACAGGGGAGGAACCCGGCACAGGGACCCUGCUCAGGUCAGAGAGCGGCUCCAUCCUCAGAGGGAGCCAGCCAGGAAGAUGGUGAGACAGGCGCCGGCCUGGCAGCCCUGUGCUCGCCUCCUGGAGGCAGGGACCCGAGUCCACAGGAUGGCUGUCCCGCCGAGCGCCUGGGCCUGGAUGGUGGCCAGAAGCCGAGGGCUCACAUGGGUCCCCACAGCCCUGCUCAGCUUGGCCCCGCAGAGGAGGCGGCAGACACCCGGCCACUGGAGGAAGCCCGGCCAUUGUCUGAAGAGUUUAUGGAGCCGAGCACUGUGAAUUCUCUCCUGGAGGAGGACGAGGAGGACGAGGAGCCCCCGAGAAUCCUGCUGUAUCACGAACCACGUUCAUUUGAAGUAGGGAUGCUAGUCUGGCAUAAAUACCAAAAAUACCCCUUCUGGCCAGCCGUGGUCAAGAGCGUCAGGCGGAGAGAUAAGAAGGCGAGUGUGCUCUUCAUUGAAGGGAACAUGAAUCCUAGAGGAAGAGGUAUCUCUGUGAUGCUCCGACGACUGAAGCACUUUGACUGCAAAGAGAAACAGGCACUUUUGGAUGAGGCAAAGGAGGACUUCGCCCAGGCCAUCGGCUGGUGUGUCUCCCUCAUCACUGACUACAGGGUCCGGCUCGGCUGUGGCUCCUUCGCUGGCUCUUUCCUGGAAUACUACGCAGCUGACAUAAGCUCACCUGUCCGCAAGUCCAUCCAGCAGGACGUCCAGGGGACGAGGUUCCCCCAACUGAGCGGGGGAGACCCCGAGGAGCCUGUGGCUGGGAGCCCACAGGGCAGGCGUCCAGCCUGCAGGAAGGUGUUGCCCGACCGCUCGCGGGCCGCCCGGGACCGGGCCAACCAGAAGCUGGUAGAGUACAUUGUGAAGGCGCGGGGCGCUGAGAGCCACCUGCGGGCCAUCCUGAGGAACAGGAAGCCAUCCCGGUGGCUGAAGACCUUCUUGAGCUCUGGCCAGUACAUGACCUGCGUGGAAACCUACCUGGAGGACGAGGAGCAGUUGGACCUGGUGGUCAAGUACCUGCAGGGCGUGUACAAGCAGGCAGGGUGCCAGCUGCUGGCACGCGGGCACGGAGACGGCAUCCGCUUCAUCCUGGACGUGCUACUGCCUGAGGCCAUCAUCUGCGCGAUCUCAGCGGUAGAUGCGGUGGACUACAAGACGGCCGAGGAGAAGUACAUCCGAGGACCGGCGCUGAGCUCCCGGGAAAAAGAAAUAUUUGAUAACCAGCUCCUAGAAGAACGGAAUCGGCGAUGCUGA